AUGGAGGUGGUCAUUGAUACUGUCAGGGCAAAUGCAGGGAACCUGCAGUACAACAUCGAUCUCGCCAUGGCGUACAAGAAAGGGGGCUCCGUGUGCAUGAGGCAUGACAAAAUAAGGGAUCUCACAGCAAAAUGUCGAAGAAAAUCUGCCAUGACGUCUCCGUGGAACCGACUCUUCUAUUGGAGGAGCACAAGAGGAACAAGAAUGACAAGAACAGGGCGUAAGAGGAGAGAAUUCAAAAUGUGGAUCAAGGCAGCGUCACUCCUCUGGUAUUCAGAAAUUCUGAUGAGAUGGUACCAAGUGCAAGAUGUUUCUACGCAAGAUUGGCUGAGGUGUAUCAAGGGCAGGGUGGAGAUGUGUGUUGUUCUGCCUCUGUGUCGUAGGAUAAGUAAAAGCCUUUGUAUGGGUGUGGUGGUGGCGAUGUUGCGUCUGGCGAUGAUGACGUCCUCUCCAGUGUUCUCUGACCAGGACAACCCUGCCUCCUUCACCAAGAGUGCUGUCACCAGGUUCCUCACAUACAUGUACCUUCCGGCACACAAUGCCUGGCUGCUUUUGUGUCCUGCCUCACUCGCCUACGACUGGCAGAUGGAUUCAAUACCUCUACUGUCUACGCUAUCAGACCUACGAAACAUGGGUUCGAUAGCUCUCUACGGCUGUCUACUGCUGCUGUUACUGCUGUCACUUUUCAAUUUUAAUAGGAGGGAUAGACAGGCCGUCACAUGGUCGCUGUUAGUGUUGUGUCUCUCCUUCCUCCCCGCCUCCAACGCCUUCUUCAGUGUCGGCUUCGUGGUGGCUGAACGGCUCCUGUACAUACCCAGCUUGGGUUGGUGCACGGUGGUUGGUGUGGGCGUGGUGAGGCUGGCGAGGAUGGUGCCUGGGCGUGUGGUGCGGGCACUGCUAUUGGCACUCCUCCUGGUCUUCUGUGUCAAGACAGCUCGAAGGAACCUGGACUGGCGAACACGGGAGACUCUCUUUAAGUCAGGGCUACGUUCACUACCACACAACGCCAAGAUGCAUUAUAACUACGGCAACCUCCAGCGUGAUGUAAACAACCACGACCGUGCCAUACUACACUACAGGGAGGCUAUCAGACUAUGGUGGUCAUACUCCAGUGCCCACAACAACCUUGGCACUCUACUACUACAGAGGCACCACUACCAGCAGGCAGAGUGGCACUUUAAGGUGGCACUGAAGACUCACCCCAGACACCCUCACGCUGCUCUCAACUUGGCCACACUCUGGAGGCAACAAGGACGUAUCCAACAAGCCGUGUACCUAUUGGAGUCAACCUUUACCCCGGAGGAGGAGGAACAGGAGGCCUUGGGGUGCCUCCUAGCAGACCUCUACCUCCAGGAGGGAAGGGUGAAGGCUGCAGAAGAAGUCUUGCUCACCCUAGCUGCCCACCACCCUACUAAUCCGACCGUGUUGACUGACUACGCUGCCCUGCUUGUUAAAUUAGGACGGAAUGAACCGGCCGCCAGACAUUACGAAGCCGCCCUUAGCCUGGAUCCCGCCCACACCACCGCCCUCACCAGCUAUGCCGCCCUCAUGACCGCCCAUCAUCACCACACCCACGCCCACCACCUCUACACCAGGGCACUGGAGUGUAGCUGGGACCCGGACACAGCCACGGCCCUGGCCCGCCUCUGUAUCGUGACAGGCCAGUUGGACCAAGCCCAGACCCUGCUGGCUCGCGUCACCCUGGGCCACCCUGGCCACAUACCUGCCAGGGUUCAUAUGGUCAAACUACAGCAGAAGAAGUACCUGGCGACCGAGGAGAUCCUACAGAAAGUCUUGCAGGAUUCCCCCAGGCACAGGGAAGCCCUCUAUCACCUCUCCCUCCUGUACACCACUACUAACCGCUCGCAGGAGGCGACGGAAGCGGCUGCUUCGGCUGCCAAGGCGUGUAGUGAACCGCGUGGACUGUGUGCGUUACUACACGCUCACCACGCAGACCUGCUCCACACUCUCAGUCUGAUGGAUGAUGCUGUUACGAGUUACCAGCUGGCUGUUAGGAUGGAACCAGGUCUCUCCCGGGCCCACCUGAACCUUGGGGCCAUCUACCACACACAGGGCCGCUACAGCCUGGCGCUGGACCACUAUAGUACUGCUCUCACACACGACCCCACCAACACCCUCCUGCUGGAGAACAUGGAGAAGCUCCGCCGGGCUAUGGACACCAAGUUCCUGGGACGGUGAAAUCUGUGGCAAGAACCGAGUUUAUCUUCGGCAGAGUAACGAGGAGAGGUCUUCAGCGCAAUGGUAUCCACAACAGCAGGAAACGUUUAUUCUGAUAGUAUAGUAACAUCGGCUAAGGUGUUCCCUGUCAGUGUGUCUCCGACAAAACACACCAGGAUCUUCUCGAACCAACCUUUCUGAGACAGGAUAAGCGAGGAGGAUUUCUCCAACACGAAGACGUCGUCCAUAUAAGAUGCCGUGUACAUAAUACGUGGUCAGACAGGUCACGUCACCAAAAACGAUAACACCCAGCAUAUGAGGUCGAGAACCUUCUUUUGUCCAGCGAGGCUUCGUCAGACCAGACAAGGAGCCAACUGCUGGAAUUAGUAACUUCUGAAGCCUCUCCAGAGUGACGACGAGGUGAUGUUAUCUGAAGAAGUGAGGAAUCCUGCUGCAGGGUGAUACAACUCUCCAGAUAAGCGUCUGUGAGGAGGGAGAGGCACGCAACAUCUGUACGACGGAGAUGCUUACCAUAGUAACUAAAAGAUGUUCUCCCAGACGCACUUGCGUUCAGAGAGAGAGUCAGUUUGGUCUGGGAGAUGGUCAUUGUCACACAUACAGUCUUGUACAGUAGUUUCUCUUUGUAAACAGAGUAUUACAUUAUACCUCAAUAUCUCUUAGAGGCCAGCUUUUCCAUUUGUUUAUCUUGCCCUCUGUGUUACCAACUGCCUCGUCUAUUUCUCCCGCCCUCAGAGGUACCAUCUAUCUCCCUCUCUGUGUUACCAACUGCCUCGUCUAUCUCCCGUCCUUACAGGUACCAUCUAUCCCGCCUAUCUAUCUCGCCUUCAGAGGAAAUAUUGUCUAUGUAAAUGAGUGAGGUUAUAAUAAUUCACAUUGAAUAAGAUCCAAAGCAGCGUAAUUACAAACACAAACACCGGAUCCCCCAAGGCUCUUAAGUUCACUUUGUACUUAACUAAACUGUAGAGUGUUGAUAAGAGGACGUAUCUAAGGUAAGGCAGAGUCUUAGUGUAAUAUCGACGCCAUUAAAGCUGUCAUUUUUGUCUUAGCUUAAGUGAAAUAGAUAGAUACGUUCUCACAUCUCCACUUUUGAGAAAAUUUAAACAGACGAAUAUCUGAGAAUCCCAGAUACGAUUAAUGUUUGUAUAAAUUUAAUACAGUCGGCGGAUAACCUGAAGAUUAGUCACCCCAACAUAUUUCACCUUAUGAUUAACUUAUCCUAACCUGACCUAACCUAACAAGCACAAUCUAUCCAAAUUUACUCGAUCCUAACUUAACCUCACUUAUCCUAUCCUAUCCUCUCCUAUCCUAAGUAGUGUUAGGAUGUUUAAUCAUCAGGUAAAAUAAGCUGUGGGUGCUAAACAGUAGGUGAUCCGAACCCUGAUGUUAUUACAUAGAUCCUUACUUGGUAUUAUGAAGGAUAUUUUGAUAUGCUCGGAGGAUUUAAUGGAGCAGUAUGGUCAAAACUCGUAUCUUAAGUGAGCCAGAUACGUUCUCAUAUGUUCAGUCAGAACGAAAUGUUAAGUGAGAAAGUAUGAGAACCUCUUUUUGCGUCUUACGCGACAUACGUUCUGAAAUCUCAAGCCAAGAAGAAAAUUUAGGGUACGAAGCUUUGAAGAUCUGAUAUUGUAUAGUAUAUAUGCGUAUGAUGAAGUGUAAGGGGAGCAGUUGUUGUCGUAGUAGCUGCAGUAGGGGCAGUCGCAGACAUUGACUAUGAGGCAACAGUCACUGAAUGCCGCAUAGAUCUUCGGCUCAACUAACUCAACGCAGCUAGGG